UGAGCUCAGUAAAUAUAAUUCUGCAGUAGCAGAUUUGAUAAAGUGUUUCAAUAAUUUCAUCGUGUUUGAUAUGAAUAUUUUGCUUGAUCUGUUUUCAUCCACCACUUUCAACAUCAACAUUCUUAUCUUUUGUUCAAUGCCUUUUAGGUUCCCAAUAAAACAAAACACCAAGCUCCGCCAUAGAUUUUAUUGCUCUUGCUCAUAGAUUUUAUUGAUGUUUUAGUCUUUAGAUUCUCUGUUGAAUCCAAUGUCGUCUGCAGAAAUCUUGGUAGAGAAAGUUGCAGCUAUGGAAUUGAGUGAUGGCGAUGACCCAUAUCGUGGGAAUGUGCAUGGUGAGUCUGAGAAGAAUACAGUGUGGAGGCAUGGAGCUCCUCCUUCUUACACUCUAGUCAACAUCCUCUUUGAAAGAACCAGAACCAAGGUAUGGCCCAAAGGUUCCCUGGAAGAAACUGUGCAGAACCUGGCGAAAACAUGGGAGAUGGAGCUUUCGCAUAAGACUCGAAUUCAGGACUUCAAAACUAUUGACCCCAACAAUUUCUCACUCAGUGUAAAUGGUAGACCUGCGCUAUCAGGAAAGGAGACACUAGAAUUGGGCAGCUACAAUGCCUUAAUGCAGACUUCAUUGCCAGAGGAGUUUCAGUACUACAAGACAUCCAAGGAAACAUUUGAGUCCUCUCAUGAAAUAUUUCGAACUGCAUUUCCAGGAGGAUUUGCAUGGGAAGUUAGGGAAGUAUACACAGGGCCUCCUGUUGUGAACUUCAAGUUCAGGCAUUGGGGUGUCAUGGAGGGCCCCUUCAAAGGCCACGCUCCCACUGGACAAACAGUCCAAUUCACAGGAAUAGCCAUUGCUAAGGUUGAUGAGAAGCUGAGAAUGAAAGAGGAGGAAAUAUACUAUGAUCCAGCAGAACUGUGUGGAGGAUUGUUUAGAGGACCAUUUGAUCAAAGCUAUGGGGAAUAUAAGACAGGAAUAGAGGGCUGUCCCUUUCUCUCUUAAUUUGUUACUAUUUUUAGGGUAGAAUACGUGGCUUUAUCAGAUACCAGCUUUUACAUGCAAUGGCUGUCUGGAAUCUUAAUUUUCAGGUGCUUUUUUACUAUUAAUGUUGAUCUUUGGCAGGAUGGAAUUGGCAUGAUAAGACAGUGCGCUUCUGGGCCUAAUGUUUUCAUGUGG